CUUCACCGUGCACACGUUCAGAACUCAGGCCAGGCACAGAGCAUUCCUAUUGAUACGAUGACGACAAUGACGACGACAACGACGACAGCGACGAGAAUCCCUCUUCAGCCUAUAGAGCAAAACACCCUGCAAAGAAAUAUGAAGGCGAGUGACAUCGCCUUCAUCAUCAACAAAGCAUCGGCACAAACAUCUGUGCCAACGUGCAAAGCCAACAACAACAACAACAUACCAGCAGGCCAGGUCUUGAAGCCUACAGACACGUCCUCCUGUGCCAGAAAGCUCAAGUACAGGCUGAGACUCGCAUACUAUAAACUUCGCACGAACCAGGUGAACGUCCCAUUGACUGAGAUCAUCAUGGGCCAGCAGGAAAAGCACGUUACCCCUUCGUUGACCCGCCAUAUCUCUCUUUUGGCUGCAUCUACACCACUAUCACAGAAGAAGAAACGAGUUGCAUUUACCAAAUCACGCUCAAUGUACGAGACCUUAAGCCCUGUUGUUGAAGCACCAUCUUAUUCACAAUCAGCCCUACCAGUUAAAGAUACAUUCAAUCAUAACACCAACAGACAAACAGUGACGCCCGUAAAGCGUUCUCGUGAUGAUAACGGGGAUUUGAUCAUGUCAUCUCCGACUAAAAAGCUAUGCUCCUCUACUCCAGGAUCAUACGGUGCUGCUAAGUCUUUGUUACAACUAUCACUUAUCAGCACAAACUGAGCAUUGCGCUUCUGUAAGGGAGUGCUAUAUAAUGUAUGUAUGCGAGUGUCAGACAGAAAAACAGGCACUACAACCUAAUGAUAAAGACUCAAUACGCC